AUGCUCCGCUCCGUGCGUGGUCAGAUCCGCUUCGGACUGAAGAGCACGGCAGUUGGCAGCCCACGCUCCGUCCUGGCCCUCUCCACCGCCGCCACCGCCGCAGCGGCGUCGAUUGCUUCGAGCGAGGCGGCCGAGAACCCGCUGCUCAACGCGCCCGCGCUUUUUCCGCGCUUCGCCGACAUCCGGCCGGAGCACGUGCAGCCCGCGAUGAAGACACGCCUGGCAGAGGCGCAGACGGCGCUUGAAAAUCUCGAGCGUGACGUCGAGGCCACGCUCGCUCGCGGAGAGACGCCGCCGUACGCCCACCUGGCCGAUUCGGUCGAGCGGCUCGGUGAGCUUGUGUCCGGCCCGUGGGGCGCCGUCGGCCACCUCAAGAUGGUGAAGGACUCCGCGGAUCUCCGCUCUGCCGCCGACGCCGUCGAGCCGGACGUGGUCGCCUUCUCUUCCAAGCUGUCUGGCAGCGCGGCGCUGCACAAGGGGUGGUGCGCUCUGCGCGACGACGAGGCGGCGUGGGGAGCCCUCUCGACCGCGCAGCGGCGGGUGGCCGAGCUCGAGAUUCUCAACGGCGAGCUGGCCGGCGUCGGCCUGCUCGGCGCGGAGAAGGCCCGCUUCGAGCAGAUCCAGACGGAGCUCGCCGCGCUGUCCACCGCGUUUUCGAACGCGGUGCUGGACGGGACAAAGGCGUUCGCAAAGGUGCUGACGGCGCCCGAGGCGGUGGCCGGCCUGCCCGCGUCGGCGCGAGCGAUGAUGGCGGCGAGCGCGCGCAGCCGCGACAUCAAGCACGCCUCGAGCGGGGAGGAGGCGAGCGCGGAGGCGGGCCCGUGGGUCGCGACGCUGGACGGCCCGUGCUUCCUCGCCGUGAUGACCUUUGCGGACGACAGCGGGCUGCGCGAGGCGUUGUACCGCGCCUACGUCACGCGCGCGUCCGAGUUUGGCGGCGACGACAACGGGCCGCGCAUCCGGCGCAUCUUGCAGCUGCGCAAGGAGAAGGCGGCGCUGCUCGGCCGGUCCUCGCACGCCGAAGUCUCGCUCGCCGCAAAGAUGGCGACGCUGGGCGAGGCGAACGCGCUGCUUGAGGACUUGCGCGCGAAGUCGUACGCGCCCGCCGCCAAGGAGCACGAGCAGCUGGAGGCCUUCGCCGGCCGCCGCAUCGCGCUGUGGGACGUCAACUACUAUGCCGAGAAGCUCAAGGAGCAGCAGUUUUCGUACGACGAGGAGGCGAGCCGCAUAGAGAACAUAGCGCUCCGCCAGUACCUCCCGCUCGACCGCGUCCUCGACGGCCUCUUCGGCGUCGUCUCGCGCCUCUUCGGCGUCACCGUCGUCGAGCGCCGCCCGGCAGACGUCGGCGCGCAGGUGUGGGACGAGCACGUGCGGCUGUUUGAGCUGCAGCGCGACGGCGCGCCCGCCGCCUACGUCUUCCUCGACCCGUUCGCGCGCGCGGCGGAGAAGCGCGGCGGCGCGUGGAUGGACGAGGUCUGCUCGCGCAGCCGCGCCUUUGCGUCGGCGGGCAGCGCGGUGCGGCUGCCCGUCGCGCACAUGGUCUGCAACCAGUCGCCGCCCGUCACCGAGGCGGACGGCAGCGUCACGCCGAGCCUGAUGACUUUCCGCGAGGUGGAGACGCUCUUCCACGAGUGCGGGCACGCGCUGCAGCACAUGCUCACCAAGGUGGACGAGGGGCACCGAGGCACGGCCCCUCCGACCCUCCUCGGAGCCUCUGUUGCCGCAGGCAUCCGCGGCGUCGAGUGGGACGCGGUCGAGCAGCCGUCGCAGUUCAUGGAGAAUUGGGCGUACGAGCUCCGCACCCUGCGCGGGAUGGCCAAGCACUGGAAGAGCGGCGAGCCCAUCGACGAGGCGACGGUGCACAAGCUGCGGUCGGCCAAGAACUACCGCGCCGCCUCGAUGAUGCUGCGCCAGCUCAAGGCAACUUCCCGCGCGCGCGCGCGCGCGUGUGUGUGUGUGUCGCGCCCCAGCCCGGAACUCGCGACUCGACUCACCAUACGCACGUCGGUCCUCCCGUCGCUGCCCGAGGACCGCUUCCUCUGCUCUUUCGCGCACAUCUUCGCGGGCGGCUACGCGGCGGGCUACUACUCGUACAAGUGGGCCGAGGUCCUCUCCGCCGACGGCUUCGCCGCCUUCGAGGAGGCCGGCCUCGAGGACGAGAGCGCGAUCGUCGCGCUCGGCCGCCGCUACGCCGAGACCGUCAUGGGGCUCGGUGGGUCGCUGCCCGCGGCGGCGGUCUUCAAGCUCUUCCGCGGCCGCGCGCCCACCGCGGACGCGCUCUUGCGCCACUCGGACCUCGCCUGA